GCGCCGCCCGUGGCGCAGUGCGCACCCACCGAUAGGAGAAAGAAAGGUUGGAAAGUGUACAAUUACGCAUCAUCGCACCAUUCCAUCGCGUGUGAAGCACUUCUAUAAUCAUCGGCACACCGACACGGUCAAUCUCUCGGGUUGAUUAGGUCUUUCCAUCGCGUGAGCCGGCUACACGCUCAGUCAUCGCGCGUGGAAGGUCAUACAUCGUGAAUCAUAGGAACUCGUCCAAGAGGAAAUUGGGUCAGACAUUAAACUCACGGGGGAGGCUAAGUUACGCCGCAGGUGCAUAGGGUUUUAACCUACUCGCAUCCCUUUUAUCCAACCCAAGCCCUUAACCUAUAUUCCCCCACUCCUCAUUUCUCUCUCACAACUCGCGAAGCAAAAUCAGAGCAAAAGGGUUUGUUUGGCGUCUCCAAUCUCUCUCAUCAACUCUCGCCGAUCAUCCAUGGCUGACCGCACUGAUUCCGAUUCUCGUCAUAACCUUACCCUCACCACUCCUCACCAGAUCUCCAAAGAUGUGCAAGGAUCUGACAAUCCUAUUCCACUUUCACCACAGUGGCUUCUCCCAAAGCCAGGAGAGAAUAAGCAUGGAAUGGUGACUGGGGAAAAUCACUUCGGCCCAUACCCUGGUUAUGCCAAUCGUGCAGAUACGAUGAAAUCCUCUGGAAAUGGUGAUGGAAUGCUUGAUUCUCUGAAGAAAAAAGAUGUUUUUAGGCCAACCCUGCCUGAUAUGGAAACUGGGCGUCGUGAUCGCUGGCGCGAUGAAGAAAGAGACACUAAUUCCUCUAUUCGCAGAGAUCGUUGGAGGGAGGGAGAUAAAGAGCUUAGUGAUACUCGCAAGAUGGAUCGUUGGACGGAGAACUCAUCCACAAGGCACUUUGGAGAAGCCCGUCGUGGUCCAUCUGAACGUUGGAAUGAUUCGAGUAACAGGGAGACUAAUUAUGAUCAGCGGCGGGAGAGCAAGUGGAACACACGCUGGGGCCCUGAUGAUAAGGAUACCGAAGGUUUGCGUGAGAAGUGGAUGGACUCUAGCAGAGAUGGUGAGAUGCCUCUUGAUAAAGGAUUGUCUACUAAUCAUGGGAAGGAUGAGAGGGACGGGGAUCUUUAUCGACCAUGGAGACCUAACUCUUUGCAAAGUCGGGGCAGGGCAGAGCCUUCUCAUCAUCAAUCUCUUACACCUAAUAAACAAGUUCAUACAUUUUCUUAUGCUCGUGGACGUGGGGAGAAUCCUCCUCCAACCUUUGCACUUGGUCGUGGCAGGGUUAAUUCUGGUGGAAAUCUGAUGAACAAUUAUUCUACUAUUUCUCAGUCUUUAGGAACUGUAUCAGACAAAUGUGAAAGUGGUCAUGGAGAGCCUUCUCCAUUACGGUAUAAUAGGACAAAAUUGCUUGAUGUGUACAGGAUGACUGACAUUAGAUCGUCUGGAAAACUAUUAGAUGGCUUUGUGCAAGUGCCUUCUCUUUCGCAGGAGGAACCAUUAGAGCCUCUUGCACUCUGUGCACCUACUUCUGAAGAAUUGGUUAUUUUGAAAGGAAUUGAUAAAGGGGACAUAGUAAGCAGUGGUGCACCUCAGAUUUCUAAAGAGGGUUCUAUUGGACGGAACUCUGAGUUUCUUCCAUCAAGACGAACCAAGCCUGGUAGUAGAGAAGAUUUACCCCUUGCAGUUGAUGAUUCUAAAGAUGAAAGCAAUGACAAUUCAAAAGGUGGUUAUUCAAGCUACUCGGAUGGUUCGCCCUAUGAAAAGCAGAUGCAUUAUUAUGGUUCCAACUCAAAAAUGGAAGCCAUGGUGGACCAUCAGAUGUAUCCAGAUAACAAAUUCCAUGCUGAGGCUUUGAGAGAAGAUGGCACGCCUUAUAGAAAGUCUGAUGAGGUGCCUAUUAAUAGAGACUUGAGCAUGCAUGGCAAUUCCUCUAUUCAUCCUGGGAACACGUGGCGAGCUCCAUCAUUGGGAGAACGGUCACAUACAGUCACUCAUGAUCGGAGAGAUAUUCCAACUGAUGUCAGGUCAGUACCAUCUGACAUGGGGUGGGCACAGCCAAAGAAGGAAAUGAAUAGUGAAUGGACAAGUGGUUUGGCUAACCCACCUUACUCUAAAGAUGAAUUGAAAUGGCAAAUCAGCGAGGAUCCCAUUAUUAAAAGGCAGGCAUCACUGGUUUUGGACAGGGAGCCGGAAGCCAGAAAACUUUCACAGCCUUCCCCAGAGGACAUGGUCUUGUAUUAUAAAGAUCCCCAGGGUGAAAUUCAAGGUCCAUUUUCUGGAAGUGAUAUCAUUGGAUGGUUUGAGGCUGGAUAUUUUGGCAUAGAUUUACAAGUUCGCUUAGCAAGUGCACCAAAUGAUUCCCCUUUUUUUGUGCUUGGUGAUGUUAUGCCCCAUUUACGAGCAAAAGCCAGGCCACCGCCUGGUUUUGGUGUUCCAAAACAGAAUGAAAUUACUGAUGCUUCAAGUAGGCCAAACUAUAGUAGCUUUGGAAAUCUUCAUGCAGGUUCAAGUGAGAUUGAUGUAAUAAAGAAUGAACCAAGGCAUAAACAUGGUUCAGCAACAGAAGCUGAGAAUAGAUUUUUGGAGUCACUGAUGUCUGGUAAUAUGGGCAGUCCCCCUGUUGAGAAGUUUGCUUUCUCUGAAGGUUUGCAAGGAUAUAUUGGGAAUAACGCUGGUGGUGCACCCCCAAUGGGAGUAGAAAGUGGAAAUAACCUAUACCUCUUGGCUAAGCGAAUGAAUCUUGAAAGGCAGAGGUCUUUACCAAAUCCUUAUCCAUAUUGGCCUGGGAGAGAUGCAACUUCCAUGGCUCCAAAGUCUGAGAUGGUCCCAGACUCUGCGGCCCCACAUCCAAAACUCCUAUCUUCAAUGACUGACAAUUCUCGUCAAUCUUCUAAUUCUAAUGCAGACUUGAUGUCAAUCCUUCAAGGCAUAUCUGAUCGGUCUUCUUCUGGUGUAAGUAAUGGAGUUACUGGAUGGUCAAAUUUUCCUGUACAAGGUGGCUUGGACCCACUCCAAGAUAAGAUGGACUUGCAACAUGGUCAGAAUUUCCCUCCCCAAGCUGCAUUUGGAAUCCAACAGCAGAGGCUGCAACCGCAGAACCAACCCUCUCUAACAAAUUUACUUGCUCAAGCUAUGGAUAAUCCCUCUGGUAUUUUGGCCCCAGAGAAGCUACUCUCUUCUAGUCUCCCUCAAGAUCCGCAAUUAUUAAGUAUGUUGCAACAGCAGUACUUGAUGCAGUUACAUUCCCAGGCAACUGUUCCUGCACAACAGCUCUUGUUGUUGGAUAAACUGUUGCUCCUUAAGAAACAGGAGGAGCAGCAACAGUUGUUGCGCCAACAACAACAAUUGCUUUCUCAGGUUCUGUCUGAGCAUCAUUCUAACCAGAUUUUUGGUCAGGCUGCUGCAAUGGCAGUAGGAAAUGCUUCUGUGGAUCAUUCUCGGCUUCAACCACCUCAAGAGUUGUUUCAGAUGCCAGUUCCCGCUAUGCAGGAUGAACGGGCUACUAACCUUGCAAGUGGUCCUCCGCCAAUCUCCCAGGAUGCGAAUUACAAUGUUAGUUCAGAAGGCUCUUUUCUACAUCUGCCACAUCAAAUGUUUGGGAAUACUACCCACCAAAAGAGCUAUGGUACUAUGCUGCCAGAACAGAUUGACGAAAUUCAACAAAAGGAACCAUUGCCAGCAUCUGCAGUGAUUGAUAGCUCAGCCUUGUUGCUGUCAACCAACCUAUCUACUGAGGAGCCUUCUGCUUUGCAGAAUUCCACCCUUACUUCUGAUGGCCAGGCUGCUGAAAACCUGGAGAAGAAUUUACAGGACACCCUGAUAAUCAAUGAACCUGUCACUGUUGCAAACUCUGUGGGUGGUGCAAAUUCUGUGCCUCUGAAGUCUUCUGGAAAAUCUAUUGAUAGGUCAUCUGAAGGAAUUUCUGAGAACAAAAUGUUCAAUGACAUGGAGGUUCAAUUGGAUGUUACUCCUGAGGAACUGCAGAUUGAAAAAGAGCGAUGCAAUGAUGAGCCAUCUUUGGAGACAGAAUCAAAAAGUGUUGAAGUACGUGAGGUAAGAAAAGCUUCUGAAAAGAGGACAAGAAAGCAGAAGUCCUCAAAAUCGCAGUCUUCAUCGGACCAGGCAAAGGGAGUAUCUAAGACAGUUUCUUUGCAGCAACCAAAACAAUAUGAAACUGAAGGAACAAUUGUUGGUAACACAAAACCUGAGACACAUAUUAGCCCAGGAGAAACAACCUCUGGAACAUCUCCUCAAAAAACAGCAGAUAAAAAAUUUGGUAUUGUUAGUACUGAAACUGUGGAUUCUCAACAAGUUAAUGGCCCAUCUCCUUUGGGAAUUCCUAGAGAUGAUUCAAAAACUGCAGAAGGAAAGAGUGAGCCACAGCUAGUUGGGUCUGUCCCAGUGCAGAAUGCACAAGUACAUUCUGGACAACGGGCUUGGAAACAUGCUCCUGGUUUCAAGGCUAAGUCAUUAUUAGAAAUUCAAGAGGAAGAACAGAGGAAGGCUAAGGCAGAAAUGGUGGUUUCUGAGAUCCCCUUGUCUGUUAAUGCUGUGAAUUUGCCAACUCCUUGGGCUGGAGUCAUUUCCAAUUCAGAUUCUAAAACUUCUAGAGAAAUUCAUCAAGAAGCUGCUAGCACCGAGUUAAAUUUGGGGAAAUCUGAAAGCUUUCAUAAUACAAAAGCCAAAAAGAGCCAGCUACAUGAUCUGUUAGCAGAAGAAGUUUUGGCAAAGUCUAGUGAACGAGACAUGAAGAUUCUGGAUAUUGUUUCUAGUCUGCCUUCGUUACCCGUUGUGUCCACCAGUUUAGAUGCUAUUGAUGAUGACAACUUUAUUGAGGCUAAAGACACUAAAAAGAGUCGCAAAAAGUCUGCAAAGGCUAAGGGUGUUGGGGCAAAGGUCUCAGCUCCCAGUGCCUCUGUUGACAUAUCUGUGGGAUCAAGUCCAGUUGAGAAAGGAAAAAUUUCUCGUCUUGUGCAGCAAGAAAAGGAGGUGUUGCCUGCACCCCCAUCAGGUCCUUCUUUAGGAGAUUUUGUUCCAUGGAAAGGGGAGCAUGUGAACCCUUCCCCUGCUCCAGCAUGGUCCUCAGACUCUGGAAAGCUUCCUAAACCCACAUCUUUGAGGGACAUCCAAAAGGAGCAAGGAAAAAAGGCUUCUUUAGUCCAAAACCAUGUCCAGAUACCAACUCCUCAGAAAUCCCAGCCAACUCAGGUCACCCGUGGGAGUGGUCCUUCAUGGUCCAUUUCUGCAUCAUCUCCUGCCAAAGCAUCUCCUAUCCAGAUUAAAGGAGAGGAUGAUCUAUUCUGGGGCCCUAUUGAUCAAUCCAAGCCUGAUUCUAAGCAGGUGGAUUUCCCUCAUCUUGCAAGCCAGGGCAGUUGGGGAACCAAAAAUACUCCAGUAAAAGGAAGUCCAGGAGGAUCAUUGAGCCGUCAGAAAUCCAUGGGUGGGAGAGCAACAGAGCAUUCUCUUUCAUCUUCACCUGCAUCAGCUCAAUCAUCCCUAAAGGGAAAAAGGGAUGCCAUGAGCAAGCAUUCAGAAGCCAUGGAUUUCAGGAAUUGGUGCGAGAGUGAGUCUGUUAGGCUCACUGGGACAAAGGAUACUAGUUUCCUGGAAUUUUGUUUGAAGCAAUCUAGAUCAGAGGCUGAGAUACUUCUGACAGAGAACCUGAAUGACCCCAAUCACGAGUUCAUUGACAAGUUCCUUAACUACAAGGAGUUGUUAUCAGCAGAUGUACUUGAAAUUGCCUUUCAAAGUCGGAACGAUUCAAAGGCCACUGGAUUCAGUGCCGGGGACAUGAAUUCUGACAAUUUAGGUUUUGGGGACUUUGAACGAGAUUACUCAGCUGGUGCUGAUGGAUCCAUGAAAGGGGGAGGUAAGAAAAGGGGAAAGAAAGGGAAGAAAGUGAGUCCUGCGGUUCUGGGGUUCAAUGUGGUCAGCAACCGUAUCAUGAUGGGAGAGAUUCAGAGUGUGGAGGAUUAGAUUAGAAAGGAGGUGGAAGGUUAGAUGUAAAUACAUUUCACUCAACUGUUUGUAAAUGAUUUUCGUGUAGGAUUUUUGUUCCCACCUUUUUAUAGAGCAACUGCAGCAGCACUUAUUUAAUCUGCUCAUGCGAUUUUGUGAAAGUAAUAUUUAAACAGUAGAGGCCCUUUGAUUCUAGUUAAUACAGGACUCUUUUAUCAAGGUUUUAUCUCUUUGCUUGAAAGGCAACCUUGUUUUACUAGCUUCCUUGUUCCGUCAUGUGUGUAGGUUAGUUGUAACACUUGUAAGCCUUUGGAUAUUUAGCCAUUGCAAUGCAAUGCUGCGAGUGUUAAUCUCUGUUCUUUAUUUAA